AGUCCAUCCAUCAGUCAGUCGGUCCAAACUGGAAUCUUCUCCGUUCUGGAUCGGCUGUGGUCUGCAGCACCACCUGCUCUGCUCUACCUCUCUCUCUCUCUCUGCUCUCCCUCCCUCCCUCCCUCCGCCCGCGGGAUCCGUGUUUUGCAGCGCUCCCCAAUUUGCAUUUAUUCCUCAGACUUUCCGUGCGGCGCUCCAGCCGUUCUUCUAGCUAGAAGGCGUACCACGGUGGCAAUAUCCAUGCGCCCCGCGUUUACAGAACAAUACGCACAGUAGAACCCACUGGAACAUUUGAAUAAUGUUGCCGAAGCUUUCUGAAAGUAGAAAUUGAGCGUUUUAAAAAAAAAUCCAUUUGGAUCAAUCGCGUUUGGUUGCGCACCAGACGAGACACGUGCCUUCGAGGUAAACAGACAGCAGGACUGGGCAGCCAGAUAGUAGCCUUGGUUAACGUUACAUUGUUUUUCUCCUGCGUUAUAAGCGUGCAUAAGCAGUUAUAACGCCACCAUAGUGGACGUAGACGUCGAGCGGAGGUUAAUUUUGUUUUCGUUUGUGCACCUUGGUUGAUAAUUGAGACGCAGUUGGACAUGUCGGAAGUACUACAAGACAAAAUGAGUCAUUAUGGAAAUGAGGAUGACGAGGGACACCUUUCCUUCACCUGUCGCCUCCAAGACACCAACAACUUCUUCAGCGGUUCGCAGGGAGGAAAACGCCCACCCAAACUUGGACAGAUAGGCAGAAGCAAACGAGUUGUCGAGGACGAGAACGGCGUUGACGAGGCGCUAAAAAACGGGACAGAGAAAACACAGACAGAGGCUUAAACACAUCACCCCCCGGAAGGACAUUGAUUCUCAUUUUCUAUUUGAUAUUUGCAGUUUUGAUCCAAAGACACUGUAUAUAAGCACUUUUACCCCAUGUGGCAGCAAGCACUUCCAGUCCCAUCUCCUCUCUCUCCCAGUCCUCGUGAUGAUCUCCUGAGACUUAUACUGGCAGGAUGGGGAAGCAGCCGAGAUGGAGACAGAGACAGAGAUGAAGACAGAGGCGGAGACAGAGAGAGUGAUGGAGACAGACAGAGAGAUGAAGACAGAGGUGGAGACAGAGAGAGUGAUGGACACAGAGGCAGAGACAGACAGAGAGAUGAAGACAGAGAGAGUGAUCGAGACAGAGGCAGAGAUGAAGACAGAGAUGAAGACAGUGACAGAGAUAAAGAGAGAGGCGGAGACAGAGAGAUGAAGACAGAGGCGAAGACAGAGAUGAAGACAGUGACAGAGACAAAGAUAAAGAGAGGGGCGGAGACAGAGAUGAAGACAGUGACAGAGACAGAGAUGAAGAGAGAGGCGGAGACAGAGAGUGGCGUAAACAGAGGCGGAGACCGAGAGAGAGAUGAAGACAGAGAGAGAGAUGAAGACAGAGGCGGAGACAGAGAGAGAGAUGAAGACAGAGGCGGAGACAGAGAGAGAGAGACAGAGAUGAAGACCGAGGCGGAGAUGGAGACAGAGACAGAGGUGGAGACAGAGACAGAGGUGGAGACAGAGAGAGAGAGACAGAGAUGAAGACAGAGGCGGAGACAGAGAGAGAGAGACAGAGAUAGAGACAGAGGUGGAGACAGAGACAGAGGUGGAGACAGAGACAGAGGUGGAGACAGAGACAGAGGUGGAGACAGAGACAGAGGUGGAGACAGAGACAGAGGUGGAGACAGAGACGGAGGUGGAGACAGAGACGGAGAUGGAGACAGAGGUGGAGACAGAGACAGAGGUGGAGACAGAGACAGAGGUGGAGACAGAGACAGAGGUGGAGACAGAGACAGAGGUGGAGACAGAGACAGAGGUAGCGACAGAGGUGGAGACAGAGAAAGAGGUGGCGACAGAGGUGGCGACAGAGGUGGAGACAGAGGUAGAGACAGAGGUGUAGACAGAGACAGAGGUGGAGACAGAGACAGAGGUAGCGACAGAGGUGGAGACAGAGACAGAGGUGGCGACAGAGGUGGAGACAGAGGUGGAGACAGAGACAGAGGUGGAGACAGAGAGAGAGAGACAGAGAUGAAGACAGAGGCGGAGACAGAGAGAGAGAGACAGAGAUAGAGACAGAGGUGGAGACAGAGACAGAGGUGGAGACAGAGACAGAGGUGGAGACAGAGACAGAGGUGGAGACAGAGACAGAGGUGGAGACAGAGACAGAGGUGGAGACAGAGACGGAGGUGGAGACAGAGACGGAGAUGGAGACAGAGGUGGAGACAGAGACAGAGGUGGAGACAGAGACAGAGGUGGAGACAGAGACAGAGGUGGAGACAGAGACAGAGGUGGAGACAGAGACAGAGGUAGCGACAGAGGUGGAGACAGAGAAAGAGGUGGCGACAGAGGUGGAGACAGAGGUAGAGACAGAGGUGUAGACAGAGACAGAGGUGGAGACAGAGACAGAGGUAGCGACAGAGGUGGAGACAGAGACAGAGGUGGCGACAGAGGUGGAGACAGAGGUGGAGACAGAGACAGAGGUGGCGACAGAGGUGGAGACAGAGGUGGAGACAGAGACAGAGGUGGAGAUGGAGACAGAGGUGGAGACAGAGGUGUAGACAGAGACAGAGGUGGAGACAGAGACAGAGGUGGCGACAGAGGUGGAGACAGAGGUGGAGACAGAGACAGAGGUGGAGACAGAGACAGAGGUGGCGACAGAGGUGGAGACAGAGACAGAGGUGGAGACAGAGGUGGAGACAGAGACAGAGGUGGAGACAGAGACAGAGGUGGAGACAGAGACAGAGGUGGAAACAGAGACAGAGGUGGAGACAGAGACAGAGGUUGCGACAGAGACAGAGACAGAGGUGGAGACAGAGACAGAGGUGGAGACAGAGACAGAGGUGGAGACAGAGGUGGAGACAGAGGUGAAGACAGAGACAGAGGUGGCGACAGAGGUGGAGACAGAGACAGAGACAGAGGUGGAAACAGAGGUGGAGACAGAGACAGAGGUGGAGACAGAGACAGAGGUGGAGACAGAGACAGAGGUGGAGACAGAGACAGAGACAGAGACAGAGGUGGAGACAGAGACAGAGGUGGAGACAGAGACAGAGGUGGAGACAGAGACAGAGGUGGAAACAGAGGUGGAGACAGAGACAGAGGUGGAGACAGAGACAGAGGUGGAGACAGAGACAGAGGUGGAGACAGAGACAGAGGUGGAGACAGAGACAGAGGUGGAAACAGAGGUGGAGACAGAGACAGAGGUGGAAACAGAGGUGGAGACAGAGACAGAGGUGGAGACAGAGACAGAGGUGGAGACAGAGGCCCAGGUGAAAUAGGUGAAUUCUAUCAUCCAGGGUUUAGGCCCACAGAACUCUUCUAAAACAGGAAUGGCCCAACCCUCCACCUGUAGAGCUACUGAGUGAGCAGCAGGCUUUUGCUCCAGCCCUACACUUUUUUUACACUAGUCAACCAUUGGUCGUACAAUCAAAACUCCUAAGCAGGCAGCCAACAAAUGUAGCCGUGUAGAAAGGGUCUUUCACACACCAGAUUCAGCCAGUCAAGGUCCUGGGUAGCAGGUGAUUAGUAGAAUCAGGUGUGUUUACAGUAUGUUUGGAGCGUCUAAACCAUGUAACCAGGAGAGGAUGAUGAAGGAGGAAGAGGAUGAAUCUAAGGUUCCAGCGGUAGAAAGAGACGAUGCUGUCGAACCUUCACAGAAAUCAGGGAAGGAAGAGUAUAAAUGAUCUACUUAACUAAAGCACACAUUGUUAUAUCAAUCAAACCGUACGAUAUUACAUAACCAUUCUUUCUGCUCUUGAUUCUUAUGACGACGAGUGCAAACAAAUAAUAUAGGAAACGUGUAAAUAAGAAAUGGUAGCCCCACGUUCUGUUAGCCUGGGCGCCAGUCUGUUCCUGCUGUCUUGUCAACUCCUUAUGGAAUUGUCAUGUUUGGUGUGACAACGAGUGAUAGAGAGUUGUCAAGACAGCACAAACAGAUCUGGGAAUCAGGCUAGCGUUUUGUUGCACAGAGGAGAAAAGAAGCGUGAAAUGGUUUGUUGUGAUCUAACUUAACGUGUCUGUAUAAAGAUACCUUAUUUACUGACCCUUUGGAUAUGUAUUUUCCAGUGCUCAAGGCCUGACUGAGGGACACUUUUGUAUGUAGAGAAUUACGAUGACAGAAUGAAUGAAAGCGAUUUCUCCUUUUUUACUUCUUAUGAAUUUUUAUGUCGCCUGAUCAGUUUUUGCAGCUAUAGAGUCAUUUAUACACAUUAUACAGGACUGUACAUCACAUGUUUGUAACGUUCCAAGAGGCUUAUGUCUGGAUUGUUAAAUAUAACUGUACACCCUCCCCUAUUGAUAAACUAUUUAUAUCGCAUUGCGCAUUAUCGUGUGUGCCAAAUAUCAUGAGGGAUAAGCAGACCACUUGGUUGUUUAUGUUGUGCUUUCUAUACGUUAUAACUGUAGACAUUUUGUUCUUCUUCGGUUGUUGCCAUUGUUCAGGGCUAUUUCUUACCACUGAAUUUACCAACGCAUGCAUGGCAGAAAUGGAUUGAUGCAUGGCAGAAAUGGAUUGAUGCAUGGCAGAAAUGGGUUGAUGCAUGGCAGAAAUGGAUUGAUGCAUGGCAGAAAUGGAUUGAUGCAUGGCAACGUUCUAAAGAUGAUCUUAGUGUAUUCUGGAACACCUGGUACACAGCUUUGAAUGACUAACCUCCAGAACCCUCUUAAUACUACAUAACUUGUUCUGUACUGUACUGUACUAUGAUCUUACUGAUUUGUACUGUAGCCUAAUAUCUUGUAAUAAAGAUUCUGAAGAAGUUAAUUAAGAA